AUGGUGAGAAAUAACAAGCGAAAAACUGAUCGGAAGGGGAUAACUAUAUCUGCAGCCCAAAAAGCAUUAAGUUACAUAAAGUCUGGCAAAUCCAUCAGAAAGGCAGCAGAAGCAUUUAAAAUCCCAUUUGAGUCCCUCUGGCGUGCUAUUAAGAAGAAAGAAGGUCAAAUCUCGAAAAAUGUUUAUCCCAAAACAUGCUCUUCCAGACAAAUAUUUAAUGAUUCCGAGGAGUUGAUGCUAGUUGACUACUUACUUGUGACUUCACACAUUGGUUUUCCUGUUAACUGUAGAACUUUACGGUCUAUGGCUUACCAACAGGCCUUGAGAAAUGAAAAAAGUUUCCCAACAAGCUGGACUGAACACGAACUCGCAGGAAAAGACUGGGUAGCUGGUUUUUUGAAGCGACACCAUUCAGUAAGUAUUAGGACUCCAGAAGCAACAAGCAUGGCCAGGGCAACAGCCUUUAACAAAACCAACGUUAAGGUCUUCUACUCCAAGCUUCAAGAUUUGUAUGCAAGGAACAAUCUGACACCUGAUCGCAUAUUCAACUUGGAUGAGACUGGACUGACGACAUCACAAAAGCCUCAAAAGGUUAUUGCAGAAUCUGUAACAAAGCAGGUUGCACAGCUGGUUUCUCACGAAUGUGGUCAAACAGUUACCAUGUACGGUUUUGUAAAUGCCAUUGGCAAUGCCCUCCCACCUUGCAUGGUGUUUCCACAGAAGAAUUUUAAGAACUACAUGAUUCAUGGAGCACCACCAGGAACCUUGGGUAUUGCUUAUCCCAGUGGAUGGAUGACUGCCGCAACGUUUCUGGAGUGCUUGAAGCAUUUUGUACGCUUUGUCCAUUGCAGCAAAGACAACAUAGUACUGCUUCUCUUGGACAACCACGAGUCACAUGUGUCAUUAGAGGCAAUAGACUUCUGUCGUGAGAAUGGAAUAGUUUUGCUUAGUUUCCCCCCACACUGCACGCACAAACUCCAGACCUUGGACAAAACCGUGUUUGGGCCUUUCAAGAGGUUGUACCACAGGGCAGCAAAUGACUGGAUGUACAACAAUCCUGGAAAAAGAAUGAGCAUUUACGAUGUGGCAGGUCUUGUUAGAAAGGCAUAUCCAAAAUCUUUCACAUCUUCCAACAUUGUCUCUGGUUUUCACUGCACUGGAAUCUCACCGUUUGAUUUCAGACGCAUAUUUUUCUCAGUCAUUCGUCAACGAUCGACCUGA